CGCUGCCGCCCAGCCAACAGCUCGGCGUGCUCCUUGUUCCUCGCUCUGCGUCCAGAGCUGCUCCCCGACGGCGCAGCGCAGGGGCCCCCGCACGACAGCCCAGCUGCCCGGACUUCGCGGGUCCCCUCCCCCGGGGCUGAUCAUUAACCCGGAGGUCGUAUAAGGAGCAAGUGGCCCGGGGCGGGAGGGACGCAUCGCCGCCGCCGCCAUGGACAGUAGCACCUGGAGCCCCGCGACCGCCACCACCGCCGCGCCCCUCGCGUCCCACGAGCGCAUCCGCAAUGCGGCCGACAUCUCUGUCAUCGUCAUCUACUUUGUGGUGGUGAUGGCUGUCGGGCUGUGGGCGAUGUUUUCCACUAAUCGUGGGACCGUUGGAGGCUUCUUCCUGGCAGGACGAAAUAUGGUGUGGUGGCCGAUUGGAGCCUCUCUCUUUGCCAGUAACAUUGGAAGCGGCCACUUUGUGGGGCUGGCGGGGUCAGGAGCAGCUUCAGGCAUCGCCAUGGGGGGCUUUGAAUGGAACGCCCUGAUUAUGGUGGUUGUGCUGGGCUGGGUGUUUGUCCCCAUUUACAUUAAGGCUGGGGUGGUGACGAUGCCAGAGUACCUGAGGAAGCGAUUUGGAGGCCAGCGGAUCCAAGUCUACCUCUCUCUUCUGUCCCUGUUGCUCUACAUUUUCACCAAGAUCUCGGCAGACAUCUUCUCUGGGGCUAUGUUUAUUAACAUGGCCUUGGGCCUGGAUCUGUACCUGGCCAUCUUUCUCUUAUUGGUAGUCACUGGCAUUUACACAAUCACAGGGGGCCUGGCGGCUGUGAUUUACACGGAUACCCUGCAGACCGCAAUCAUGCUGGUGGGGUCUAUUAUCCUGACUGCAUUCGCUUUUCACGAAGUGGGAGGGUAUGAAGCCUUCGUGACAAAGUACAUGAAAGCUAUUCCAACCCUGAUUUCUGAUGGAAACAUCACCAUCAAGGAAGAAUGUUACACCCCAAGGGCCGACUCCUUCCACAUCUUCCGAGAUCCCCUCACGGGAGACCUGCCAUGGCCUGGGAUCAUCUUUGGGCUGAGCGUCCUCACCCUGUGGUACUGGUGCACAGAUCAGGUCAUUGUGCAACGCUGCCUCUCAGCCAAAAACAUGUCUCACGUGAAGGCUGGCUGUAUCAUGUGUGGGUACAUGAAGCUGCUGCCCAUGUUCCUCAUGGUGAUGACGGGAAUGCUCAGCCGCAUCCUGUACACAGAAAGAGUGGCCUGUGUCCUCCCCUCGGAAUGUGAGAAAUAUUGUGGCAUCAGCCUUGGCUGUAGCAACAUUGCCUACCCAACCUUGGUGAUAGAGCUCAUGCCCAACGGACUGCGAGGCCUGAUGCUGUCAGUCAUGUUGGCCUCUCUCAUGAGCUCUCUGACCUCCAUCUUCAACAGCUCUAGCACCCUCUUCACCAUGGACAUCUACACCAAGAUCCGGAAGAGAGCAUCUGAGAAAGAGCUCAUGAUUGUAGGAAGGCUGUUUAUACUNNNNCUGAUUGGUGUCAGCAUCGCCUGGGUGCCCAUUGUGCAGUCAGGACAAAGUGGGCAGCUCUUCGAUUACAUCCAGUCCGUCACCAGUUACUUGGGACCACCCAUUGCAGCUGUUUUCCUGCUUGCUGUUUUCUGGAAGAGAACCACUGAGCCGGGAGCCUUUUGGGGACUGAUCUUAGGAUUUCUGGUUGGGCUGGCCCGUAUGAUUACUGAAUUUGCCUAUGGAACCGGGAGCUGCAUGGAGCCCAGCAACUGCCCCACGAUUAUCUGUGGUGUGCACUACUUGUACUUUGCCAUCAUCCUGUUUGCCAUUUCUUUCAUCACCAUUGUGGUUGUCUCCCUCUUCACCAAGCCUAUUCCAGAUGUGCAUCUCUACCGCCUGUGUUGGAGCCUGCGCAAUAGCAAAGAGGAACGUAUUGACUUGGAUGCAGAAGAGGAGACUAUCCAAGAAGCCCCGGAGGAGAGCAUUGAAAUAGAAGUUCCUGAGAAGAAAAAAGGAUGGUUCAAGAGGGCCUAUGACCUGUUUUGUGGCCUGGAUCAGCAGAAAGGCCCCAAGAUGACAAAGGAAGAGGAGGCAGCCAUGAAGCUGAAGAUGACAGACACCUCCGAGAAGCCUUUGUGGCGGACGGUAGUGAACAUCAAUGGCGUCAUCUUGCUGACUGUGGCCGUCUUCUGCCACGCAUAUUUUGCCUGAGUCCUGCCUUCUGCUGCGGACUGCACUCAUGAAGGCCAGACUCUUUCCUCUGCCUCCCUUUAGCCCCAUUCAGUGGUGUUCAAGGGAAACCAGCCAGUUGUAAACUUUGCCCAGUCGAUAAAUGUGUACCUGUGUAAUUACAGGCUAGCUGGAGAAGAAUCAUUAACUUGCUGUUAACUUAUGUAUUUGAGGCCACUGUGAUACAGUCAGCAGUACAGAUUAGAGCUGCAGAAGGAAAGUCCACUUAGUCCUAUCUAGGAAAACACAGUCUAAGAAACAGAAGCCCUGUGAUAUCUGAUGCAAGUUUGUCUCAGGUAGAUUCAGUGUGUCAAUAUUGUUUGUGAUCCUUGAGUAUUAUUUUAAGAGUUUGGUCUCCCUUGUUCCUGCUACUUUCCCUGUCUGACCUCCCUGUCAUCUUUUUUUUUAAAUAAAAUGCCUUCUC